AUGACGCUGAUUCUUCAACUACACGCAAGGCGCAUUCUUGCUUACAGUAACAAGAGUUAUUCUUUGUUCCGUUCCUACGGAACCAUUAGGUCACCCGAGGCGAACCAAACUCUGCAGAAUCGGAUCAAAGCGGCUUUGAGUAACAAUGCACAAAUCAUUCCCGUUCUCGAUCAAUGGCAGCAAGAAGGGUAUCAAGUGAAGCCGUCCGACAUCAGAGGACUCAUCAAGAAUCUUCUUGAUUCUAACCGAAUUUCGCAAGCACUAGAGGCAUCACAAUGGAUGGGUGAAGAGAAGGUUUGUAAUAUUUGUCCGAAAGAUUACGCAGCUCGGCUUCAUCUAACUGAGAAAGUGUUAAGGCUUAGAAGAAGCAGAGAAGUUCUUCGAAAGCAUCCCUGA